UACCGGUCAGGAAUCUUGCACUUUCAUGAACGUGAUCUAGCUAGAAGCCUUAUCGUCUUUGCUCCUAACCCCUACGAUUCGUAUGACAGUGAGAUAGAUAAAAGGUGUCGUAAAAUCUUGUACUGCUCAGCUCCCUUCCAUUACAAGUCCUUCCAAUCCUACACGGAAUCCAAUGAAUGGUAUAACGAUAAUAAAAGCUCGUUCAAUACAUCGGAUCAUAGUCUCAUCGAGUUUGCUCUCCAUGCUAAGAAACCAUUUCAGUUUAUAGCUAAUGUACUCUCUCUCGAGAGAAAAACAGAUCCAUCGACAAUCCCAGUAACCCAAGACGCAUCCUCAAGUGCAUAUCAAAUAAUGAGCUACUUUUUGUUGGAUGUUGAGCUGGCUAACCGAACUAAUUUAAUAUCCAUCGAUGAUAAGAUCCAUGAUCUUUACACCAAGCUCAUAGAAGAGCUCAGGGAUUACUUGAAAGUCCAUUUACGUUCUAGUCUCGCUUCCGCCGUUUGCCCUCGCAUCGAUCGUAAGCUAGUCAAAGCUAUCUUCAUGCCUCUUAUCUAUGGAAAGACAGUGAUUAGCACGACUAAAGAUAUUCAUAAUUCGCUCUCUUCCCUCCCAAUAAGGAAUGCUUCGAAGUUGCCAUUCUUUGCUUUAAGUUCUGGAGGGAAAAAUACCCGAAGAUGUCAAACCUGAUCCUGUUGAUCCGCAAUAUUGGAUGGCAGUUCCUGCUCCUUGGAUAGACCCGUUUUUUAUAAGGCCCCCCCCCGUGCAGGACUAUAUGUAUAAAAAAAACAGUGAAUAUAUGGAUCUAUAAUCAUCUUCUUAAGAAGAGACGUAAGGCGAGUCUAAGAAUUCCCACGCAGAAUAGAGAUCGUAGGAAGACUGAGAUUGCUACUUUUGUCAACUUCAUCCGGAUGCCUAUAUAGUUAUGUUUAUGAUAAUCUUAAUGCAUCUUUAUGAUGAAAAUGCUCCUAUAUACACUGUCCACGAUAACUUUAUUACUACUGCUAAGUAUGCCCAAGUUCUUCCCUGGAAGUAUAAAGAAGUCUUUCAAAACGAUCCUAUUCCGGAAAUCUUAAGAAAUUGAAUCCCCAAAUCAGUUAGCAAGAAAGAAAGGAAAGAGAAAUUUGGACCAAACGUAUCUCGAUAAUAGUUAAAACUUACGAGAAUUAUGUUAGGGAUGUAUGCGGGUCUUUCCAGACUCCUGAGGAAGGAGGGAAAGCUCAUAAAGAUAAAUGCUGGGAUUUCUUUUAUGAGAUAAAAUAUUCUCUAGGGGAUAAUUACAGCUUGCAUUAUUAAACAGUUUGGAUUUAUGGUUGUUUUACCACCAGUUCCUAUCCUCAUUCUAAGGGGGUUUUUAGCAAUAGAAAACUCAUUUUUGACACUCUCAAUGAGAAAGACUAUCAUCCAUCCUAAAAAAUGUGUUUAAACGAUGAUUUUUAGGUUAUACCAAGGGUUUUGUAGUUCCAUAACAACUCUACCGAUUUUCUAUUUUUCUAAAACCUCCUCCUCUGGGGAGGGGGGCCAGGCUAUGAGGAAUCUUGCCUAUUAUCUGGAUAAUGAGUUCUCUCCCCAUCUUUUUCUUUAUCAGCCGGGUUCCCCCCUUCCUUCUCAGCCAUUUUCGAAAGGAUCUUAGUGUUCUCAU